AUGACCUCUUUCAUGCCCGCAGUAGUUUCUAAACCAUUGAUACAUGGAGCUGAACGACUUAGAGGUGCUAUAGCGAAUGUUUCUUGGGGUCCUCUGCUCUUCAUCUCCAAGGUUGCAGUGACUACUCUUCUUUCGCGUAUUGAGGUUGGUCAAGUUGUUGUUGAGAAUGAAACGACGGGUGAGACCAAUACCUAUGGACAGAAAUCGGCACAGGAAAACCCAAAGCUCGUCAAUGGCCUACAUGAUGCCCAUACCAAAAGUCCGAGCCUGCUUACGGCCAAGCUCAUUGUCAAAAAAGAGUCCUUCUGGGUCCGUCUCUUUCUCUUUGGAGAUAUGGGAUUCGCUGAAGCAUUUAUGUUAGGUGAUGUAGAGUGCGAAGAUCUAACCAUCUUCUUUGAAAUUUUUAUCUACAACCGGAAUCAACUAGCAAACGCGACAACUUUAACUUCUUCCCUAACUACCACUAUCACAGGACUAGCCCGAGGAACCAAUACGCUAGCCAACUCACUCCUCAAUGCCGUUGCACACUACGACAUCAGCAAUGAUAUGUUCUCAGCGUUUCUUUCACCAGAUAUGACAUAUUCCUGUCCAAUUUGGCGGUCAGCACACGCACACGCAGACGCCGAUAACCUAGAAACCUUGGAGGAAGCACAGAUGACAAAACUCCAUCGUUUCAUUGAUGGCGCAAAAAUUAAAGCAACAGAUCACGUUCUCGAAAUUGGUACCGGCUGGGGAUCUUUCGCCAUCGAAGCAGUUAGAUCAACGGGAUGUCGCGUAACAUCACUGACUUUGUCAGCCGAACAAAAAUCACUCGCUGACCAGAGAAUUGCAGCUGCCAGCUUGCAGGAUAAAAUUGAAGUUCUGCUAAUGGACUAUCGAGAACUUCCAAAGCUAAACCAGCUAUUCGAUAAGAUAGUCUCCAUUGAAAUGUUGGAAGCAGUCGGACGAGAGUAUCUGGAAACAUACUUUGGGUGCAUACACCAAGUGCUAAAGAAAGAUGGCAUAGCCGUUUUCCAGUGUAUUACAAUGUCGGAAGGAAGAUACGAAGCAUACGCAAAAGGUGAAGACUUUAUCCGAAAAUACAUUUUUCCCGGCGGCCAUCUUCCAUCAAUUUGCAAACUUGUUCAAGCCAUCAGCAAAGGUUCCGACGGGACUUUGAUAGUCGAACGUAUCGAGAACAUCGGAGGUCAUUACGCAAAGACUCUGCGCUUGUGGAAAGAGGAAUUUAUAUUAAAUUUCGAAUCAAAAAUUAAACCCGCCCUCAUGAGAGACCACAAGGAAAUGGGAGAGAGAGAGAUAGAAGUAUUUCGCAAAAAAUGGAUUUAUUACUUUGUCUACUGUGAAGCCGGGUUCGCAACAAAGACCUUGGGUGACGUGAUUAUUACUGUUGGUCGAGAGGGGGCCAUGGAAUUAAUGGAAGGCAUCCCCCGAUAA